AGCAGUACACCCUCCUAUAGCAGUACACCCUCCUAUAGCAGUACACCCUCCUAUAGUAGUACACCCUCCUAUAGCAGUAAACCCUCCUAUAGCAGUACACCCUCCUAUAGUAGUAAACCCUCCUAUAGUAGUACACCCUCCUAUAGUAGUACACCCUCCUAUAGUAGUACACCCUCCUAUAGUAGUAAACCCUCCUAUAGUAGUACACCCUCCUAUAGCAGUACACCCUCCUAUAGCAGUACACCCUCCUAUAGCAGUAAACCCUCCUAUAGCAGUAAACCCUCCUAUAGCAGUAAACCCUCCUAUAGCAGUACACCCUCCUAUAGCAGUACACCCUCCUAUAGUAGUACACCCUCCUAUAGUAGUACACCCUCCUAUAGUAGUACACCAUCCUAUAGUAGUACACCCUCCUAUAGUAGUACACCCUCCUAUAGUAGUACACCCUCCUAUAGUAGUACACCCUCCUAUAGCAGUAAACCCUCCUAUAGCAGUACACCCUCCUAUAGUAGUACACCCUCCUAUAGUAGUACACCCUCCUAUAGUAGUACACCCUCCUAUAGUAGUACACCCUCCUAUAGUAGUACACCCUCCUAUAGUAGUACACCCUCCUAUAGUAGUACACCCUCCUAUAGCAGUACACCCUCCUAUAGCAGUAAACCCUCCUAUAGCAGUAAAUCCUCCUAUAGCAGUAAACCCUCCUAA